AUGAAUCUCAAUGCUAGACGCAGGGAAUCACAACGCCGUUCUGGGAUACUCAAUACAGACCUCCAUCAUCGCAGCCAUCCACACCACCCCUCAAAGCCCCGACCCAAACAAAAGCUAACAUUCUCCCGCACAGUCGGACGGAGAAGAGACCCAGUCCAACCCCCCGUUGCCGCCGCCGAUGAGGUCGAGGUUUCCGCCGACGCUGGCUCUGGCCAGAUGUCCGUCCUCGACGCUCUGAAGGGUGUCCUGCGCAUCUCCCUGAUCCACGACGGUCUUGCCCGUGGUCUGCGUGAGGCUGCCAAGGCCCUCGACCGCCGUGAGGCCCACAUGUGUGUCCUCAACGAGGGUUGCGAGGAGGAGGCCUACAAGAAGCUGGUCGUCGCCCUGUGCUCUGAGCACAAGAUCCCCCUGAUCAAGGUUCCCGAUGGCAAGAUGCUCGGCGAGUGGGUCGGUCUCUGCACCCUUGACCGUGAGGGUAACGCCCGCAAGGUCGUCAACUGCUCUUGCGUCGUUGUCAAGGACUGGGGUGAGGAUAGCCAGGAGCGCUCCGUCCUCCUCAACUACUUCCAGACCGAGCAGUAAAUGUGCCUUUAAUCCA